UGGGAAAGGGUGGUGUGGAGACUAUGGCGGGUGCUUGCCUUGCUUUUCUAAGGCAGCGAGGAUGAAGAGUGGCAAAACUGGCAAACAGCUGCAAAUGACAUCCUAUUUGGUUCAAGAGGUUCGCCUUGCUAGGAGACAUGAAGAGAUACUGUCUCAGAGAUCAGUGCUGCUACAGCAGAUGGAGACUUAUCUAGGAGACAAAAAGACUAAAAAGACAUGGCAAACUCAAGCAGCUGAUGCAGCUCGUAAAAGGAAUGCAGCACUUCUAAAUGAUAUAGAAGCAGCAGAAAAAAAGCUGCAAGAAAGAGCGUAUUUAAUUCCACAUCCUGAUACUGUUAAGUUAGAAACUCUCUACUGGGCGUCAGUAGAAGAAUCUCUUCCCAAGUGGGAACAAUUUCUUUUAGGAAGAGCAGAAGCUCCUAUUGGUUUAAAGAAAAUGAAAUCUGCAAAACAGAACAUAAGCUCCCCAGAAGAAGAGUCACAAAAGUAAACACUGAUUUUGUUUCCUAAUUUUUGACUUAAGCCAACAGUAUCAUGCUGAUCAAGCAAUGGAAUAUCAUGUCAUUAAAUUGUAAUAUAAAUCAUUUAAAUGAAAAUUAAUUGUAUUAGAGAGUGUCCUUUCACUAUCUUGUGUAAAAAUACUUAGUUUGAACAGGAUUUUUGCUUGAGGAGAGCCAUCAUUGCUCAUGAUGAGAGGAGCAAUCCUACUCAAAAGGGUUUUUAAGAUCAGAAGUGAGAAACUCUGGUGUAUGGAAACAUACCAGGGCAAUUUCCUCUUCAGUAUGAGAAGAGUUUUAGUUUUUCUAUAAUCCUUUGCUUUUACGUGUUAGUGAGAUAAGUAAAGACAAAUUCGUGUGUUCUCUUCCUUUAUUGUCAUCUGUCCUGUGAAUGUCUUUGUGGAUGAGGGAGAAGGGAAGAAUUUAUCAUUAACAGGAAAGGCAAGCAGUUUACAUCAGACAGAAUAGCUUUGGUUUAGAAUGUGAACUUGUGUACCAACUGUAAUGAUAGCAGCUGUAGAAGAAACACCUUGAAUUUAGACAUCUUGCUUCCCCACCAUGCUGCCUACUGUGUAUUUCCUCUCUAAUGGGCUGGAAAAAAGACAAGAAAAGGUAAACAAAUCUCUGGUUUAUUUUUGCCACUUCUAGGCUGCUCAUAGUGCUAUUGUCUUUAUGUUGGCGUAACUGAUAAGUGAGAUCUUUUGCUUAGAUAUAAAAGAUUUGAAAGAGCCAAGCAGAAAGCUAGCCCACAGUGACUGUCCAACAAGCAGACAUAUAGAAACUAAGGACAUAAUUCUUUCUUUCUCAGACACUGAACAGCUUCUCAGCUUCCUCCUGCGGAGGUGUAGUAUCAGUGAGUUUUGGUUGUACAGUGGGCUUAACUCUUUGUGCAAAGGAGCUACCUUACACUACUCUAGUACUUAUUUGGAAAUACCAGUUCAGUGGGAAGUCUUUCCAGGUGUAUGACUUGGCCUGAGGAAGGCCAUCUAAAGCAAGGAAAACCUAGAAAGCGUUUUAAAUUAAGAACCUAGACUUGACUGUUAUAAUUUGAUUGAUGGAAGAUUGUUAUAAUUUAAAGGCAUGUAUGACGUCAUUCUUCCAUCCUCCCCCCCCCCCCCAGCCUGGAAGUAAGAGGAAGAAUGUUGGCCCCUGCCAGCACCUGAGGAUGUGGAAACUAAGUUGUUACUGAUUGGUGUGCUUACCUCUGUUACAUGGUGAAUAUGAAUUAUUUUUGUACUCGGGAUGUUUGAACUACUUUUAUUGAAACUGUGGUGCUUUUUAGCAACCUCCUCUAAAUGUAAUCUUUAGCAGCCUCUCCUAAAUGGCCUGAUUGCUUUGGCUCUAACCUCUCUAAACUGUUCUAUUUAAAAGAGCAACUUGAGAAUCGUCCAUUGCAAAGUGUGCAUUAAUUUAAUUAGACAUACUUUAAUUAUUCAUUAAUUAACUGUUGUGGGGGUUCAUAGUACACUAAGAACUAGGUAACCAUCUUCUAUCAGGAAAUUAUAGGAGGUCUAGGUAGUCUUGAAGAACCAACAUCUGCAGAGACUGUUCUCUCUGAAAUGAUGUGCUUGGUUUGUCUGAAUUAAAAUUAGCUGAAGAUUCACUUACAUGAAAAAAAUAAACUUCAGCUGCAAUUACAAUUUGUUUUAUGUUUUCAAGAGGAAUGUUAAGAGUUCAUUUGAAACUUUUUUCUAUUGAAGUGUCCAUUAAACUGAUAAGUUUUAACAGAAACUGCCAUCUUAGAAAUAUCCUGUUGAGUGGGUGUUGGUGUUUGUAACAAUAAAGUUGUUUUCAUAAUAUGUGAUGGCAGAUUAGCACGCUUCUCUGCAGUGUUGUUAACAGUUGUAAUUAAGGAAUAAACAGUAAAGGGUGUCAGUCCGAUGACAAUUUCAUCUAUAGUGUCACAAUACAAAAUGUCACAAAAUAUUAGAACUGUUAUAUAACUACAAAAAUAUCAAAUUAGGCUUUCAUCUUACAAGCAGAGAGCUUAAAAAAAACCUGGCGUAGAGACCAUUGCAAUUUUAUACCUACUUACUGUUCUGUCACAAAGACAAGUUGGUAAUAUUUUCUUCUGUAAGAUCACAAUGUGGUUCUCAGUCUGAUUUAGCAGGAGUGUGUGGAUUUUAGAAUUAUAGAGCUCAAAAUUAAAAUGCAAAUAAUUGAAAUCAGUUGAAAAGACAAUAAGGGAAAAGCUAUUACACAUGAAGGCACUAAGGAAAUUUAAUGCCCAAAAAGGAGGUUGAGUGAGCAGUUAGUUGCUUACAAAGACUAGGAUUCAUCCUGGUCUUUGCAUCUAAAGGGAAAUCUGGGCCCUUAAGUACUUUGUGUGUGAAUAAUCUAGGUCUUUAUCUCUUUGGACUCCGCCUCAAUACUGGGACACAAUACAGAUGCUCACCAUCUCCUUCCUUUUGAUUUCCUGUGGAAGGAAAGCUAAGUGUGUGGACUGUGAGGGGGUGGCAGCUGGAUGAUUUGAGGAUUUUGUAGAAUGCAGCCACAAGCAGUGUUGUAGUUUUCACUGCAAAAAGAUAAGAACACUUCCCUUAUUCACAAUUGUACAUUGAACAUAACUAUAUUAAGUAUUAAUAGGUACUCCAUUAUUGUGUUUUCAAUAGUUUUCUGUUGAGUUGGACAAAGAGAUGAUGAUUAAAUUUUGCUCCUUUCAAGGAAGGAAAUUAUAUGAUUUCUGGGACAUAGCUUUAGAAGCAACAGGGCAGCUAGUGCAUGAAAAAAUAUACAGGAACAUGUCCAGAAAAAGGGGGGAAAAAAAGAGGAAAAACAUUUAAAGAGGAAGUGUAUAUAGGUGAUCAUUUGCAGAAAGACAAGGGCCUUCAGGCUGGCCUGUGGUCUAAUAUAAAUAAAUGCAAUUGCAUAUGACUCUGAAACUGCAGAGCAAUAGGUAGGGGCAGGGAGGCACACAGCAGGCCAGUAAGGUGAAGAAAUAAGUGUCUUAUGAUUUGUCACAGACUUCAGGGUCAAGCACUGGCAGAAAACAUUAUCGUGUGGUAUCUUCUGUCACAUGGAUCUGUCAAGUGCAUAGUUUUUACUAAGCCAGACUUAGCUUACAUCUUGCUUGUCCACAGAUACGGGUACAGCACAUUUGUGUUGUUUAAAUUUAAGUAUGUUUAAAAAAACAAGUAAACAAACCAAAAACUGAUCAUACCAGUGGAAUUGAAUUGUGGGUUUAAAUGAGACCCUGAAUAGCAAUACUUUGCUGAAUCAAGGCUGUUAUUUCAAGUAUAUUGAGUCUAUGUAGUUUUUCCCCUAGUCAUUUGAGGUUUUUUUUCUUUUUUUUUCUUUUAGCUUAUAUAGAUUCCUACCCAUUAUUUUGGUGAAUGUUUUUUCACUGGGAACGUAACCUGUUACUCUGCACUCUUGACUAACUGCUUGCCCUUUUGUGCUAGUAUAUGUGUAUAAAAUAAGCUGCAGCUGCCCUAAGAGCCUAUUGCCUCUUUUUUUUCUUUUUUCUUUUUUUUCUGGUGGGUGGGGAAAAGCCCAGAAAACCAGUAGGAGGAACAAAUGUUUUUGCCUGUUUGUAAGUUAAUAUUUGAGUAUUUUAGAAGAAGAAAUAGUAAAUUGUCCUUGUGUAAGUUUAUGUUCAGAUGAGUAACUGCAGUACUAGCCUAGGAGUACAACCUAUUCACCCAUCUUGUCAUCUCCACCGUCACAUUCCUGAGCUUUUUACUUUCUCAGUUAUUCAUGUGGUGGGGGUAGUAGCAGAAGGCAUGAUAGUUUUCCCUAGGAUAAGGAAUUCUUACUCCAAAUAAUUUUUCUCAAGCCUAUUAAUUUCAUUUGAGAGUACAUAUGAAAUAACAAAAAGGUUUAGAACAUUCAUUACAUUUGACACUGUAGUAUCCUCUUGAUUGUAUUUAUUUAGGGUCAUCUUUUCAAAAAAGUUGGGAGCUAGAUUUUAAGCUGAGAUUAUAGUUGUUCAUCUCUGUCUCUUUUUAUUCAUACAAUGCAGCUCAGGGAUGUAGAUGUCAGAUUAAAGCCCAGUUUGAGCUGGUGGGUACUGAAAAAUAAGAAAAAAGAAUUUGAAGUAGAAUGUAGUUUUAGAGGUUACUUCUGAAAGAAAGCACUCUUUGUUCCAUAAUGGUAAUUUUCAUGAUAUUUUAAUAGUUCUCUUCAGGUACAACUUGACCUUAAAUAUCACCCCUAAUGUAAGAUGUUUUACCAUAUUUGUGAAAGUAAGAACUUUAAUACUGUAAUAUUCUGUUUGCUCAAGAAUUAUAAUCUGAGGCUAUAAUACAUUGCAGUUGAAUAAAGCUCUGAUCCUAUAUUCAGUGA